GCUUUGUAGGAGGCAAAUGUUAGUUAUUAGGCAUAACUACAUAGACUUUGUUUGGUGCACAAGCCCCUUUCAUGGCCUACCUUCUAUAUCACUCCUGAGACAUAUAUAGGUCUUACCUUUAAUGACCUUUCUCCAGUGUACUUUAAUAAUCAUUCACUAUGGACACCUUAUCUACUGAGCACCAUACGGUUCCGACAAUUUUCUUAUAGACCCAAGGUUGCCCCUUCAAUAUUCAGACAUCCAUACAUCAGCUCUGGUCCUGACACAUUCACACCUAUCCUGCUAUCUGGAGUCAAUAGUUUCACUAAGCUAAACAGUCCGAUGUUAAUGUUUGCGUCGACCGUGUCUUGUCAAGUUCAACCUAAUCAUACUAUUAGACACUGUCAUAUUAACUUCAGAGGCGAAAACUAGCAUCCCAAAUCACUAUUUAGCCCAUUUUACGUCUUCUCUCUCGCCACAUCAAUUCUCAACUCUCUCGACUAUUGUGACCUGAAGACACAAAGAAGACUCGAUUCUCGCAGGGGUUCUUUUAGCCUACUAUCAUCAUCUAUACAAGAACAUCUUUGCUUAUCGACCCUAUCUUUGCCUUGCAAGCUACGACACGGGAAAUUACGUGAAUUCUCACUCCCUAUUUGCUUCAAUAUGGCUAUUCACCACGGUCGCGUCGCCUGCAAGGCAACACCAUCCCGAUCUGUUGCUGUCGUAGUAGCCUCCUAUGGAAGCGAUGGUCAACUACGAACCACCAUCAUAUCUGGUAUUAGCCAGCAGCGCUCUUUGGAUCUCGACGUUCCCGACGAAGGAGUCUAUAUCAUCUACCAAGACCGAGCUAUCCAGAUUGCUGCUCCGCCUUGCGACAAAAGGAAAUGCAAUGCAUCUCACAUCUGCCGUUGUGACACACCUCAGUUCUCUGUUAAGGGAUCUCUAUUUAGCCGCCACAGCAUCAAACGAAGAGUAGUGGCCUGGCCGGUGUGGAAGCCCUGUCUAUGCUGUUUGCUGAAUUGGCUUCGCCUCUACCAAGCUGCCGAAGCAGUAAACCGACACAACCUACAAUUCCUUCGACACCCAAGAACCCUUACGUGGACUAGCUUAUAUGGCCACCAGGCUUUCCACUACGAUGCCGAGCUAGAGGAGAGAUCUGUUCGGUCCAACUAUAAUGGGACCUCCAACAGACCUACUAACCCAAAGUCAUACUGCCCGCCCCGUGUGUUUGAAUGGAUGAAAGAGACGUGGAGUGAAUUUGUAGACAGCGGAUGUUGUAAACCUCGUUCUAUUACAACUCUAUCGGACAACGAAGACGGUACCUACAACGAAAGUGUCUUCACCAAAGAACAAGAUGGUUCAGAGACCGACUCAGAUUGGGAUGACCUCGAUAUGCCCUGUGUACCUUCUAGCACAUCCGAUAACACGUCGAAUGAAGACUACGAUCUCAUCGAUGAUCUUAUCGAGAAGGAAUUUCCAAUGUUGCGGAAGAGCGACACAACUAUCUCAACAAAGGGAGAUCUGCCUUAUUCAUCAAAAAAGGACAACGGCCCUGACGAAGAGAGAGAUGAUCCAGCACCUGUCGUUAUUCCACCGAAGAACAUGACAAUGGCGCGAGGCUUUGUGGCAGCAACAGGGUUAGGGAAGCCAAGCCCAGCACAACUAGGCAAUGAUAGCUCGGUGUCAAUCAUCGACUCCAAGUGUACAAAGCCACAGACAGGUGCUCUGGGUACCAAACGGUCUUAUUCAACUAUUGUAGAGUCGGACCAACGCAGCCCAACCCCCGCAGAGGACCUGUCUCGUAUAAAGCAGCGAAAACGAGAAAUCGCCAAACCAUCUAUCAGAAGCCGCCACCGCUAUAGCCCUGUGAUUCACCAAUCCUUCCCACACCUCAAGCGCAUUCCACAGAGGAUCCUUGUUACUUAACCCUAAAGGGGCUGGCGGUUCUAUGGCGAAGGGGAAAUUGAACCAUAUUUAUUUGCUGUACUAGUAUUAAUUACGGUUAUCAUACCAGAUUGCAAAAGCAUCUUAACGGGCAAAAGAGCCAAUAACCAUCAUUCGUUUGGAAUUCCACUACUUUUCCCUGGUUCUAUGUGGUGUUAAUCAACCAUUAGGAGGUUUUUGGAUAAUGGGCGCGGCUAUCCCCGGCUUUCCCCGGCUCUCCUGAGUUAGCUACAGGCGAACAGAGAGUACUCUACAAUAACAUGGUAAUGACACCUGCGCACAACGUAUGGGUGUCUAGUCUGCAUACAUCAAGACAUCUACUUGAAUAUCAUAAGAAGGGUCUUGGGGUUGUUUACAGUAACUACUAUCGAUAAUGUAAUGUAACCUGAUUCUCCCUGAUUCUCCCUGAACCUAGGAUCAAAGCGCUAACCCCCUUGUAGCAGUAACUCCCUACAGGAGAUAGCAGAGAAUAUUAGGGGACUUGGGUCAGCGAGGACGGAGGUUUCAGGGGAAGUUUUAUUAUUAGGAUACUAGCGUAAACAUGGACACGUGGGUUGAGAGCAAAUCUCAAGCAUAUGGGACUUUCAUUUGUUGUAGCCCGUUAGUAUAUGUAUUACAUGACAGGCAGGAACUCUUGUCCCCAGUACAGUAUGGAGAUCAAUAACUAAACUAUUCUAUUUACCGUA